AAUUGCAGAUUUUCUUCCUGGUUGGCAAGACAGGCAGUUCUUACAUUGCCCAAACUUAUGAGAGCUUUUGAGUCAUGCACUACUCCAAAUCCAGUGUCAGUUCAAACAUCAAAAGUGUGGGAUAUAGCUGGCUGGAUAACUCAGUAUCUGAACAAAAUGUGUAACCAUUCAUACCCCCACAUAUUUAAGAUAAUCAAGAAAGAUGAGAAAACAAGACUGUUUUACAAAAAAUGGUCAACUGACAAGACUUGGCAAGAACCAGAGGAGCAGCUUCUACUUAGUGUUCCCACAGACUCUCCAAAAAUAAUAAUUCCUGACUACAACAAAAUAGACCUGGCCAAGCUAAAAAACGAUAUCACUGGUUCAUUUUCAUAUUUCAAGAGAGAGGAAGAUAAAAAGUGGUGGACUGAUUUUUUCACAGAUCUUUCUAGUAAUAAUGAAUCUCCUGAAGAAGCAGUGUGGCCAUUAAGUGAUUUAAUUGAGAAAGCCAAGGAAAGAGAUAUGAAAGAAACUUCUGACACAAGACAAUUAAGUGACUCAGAGUUGAGUGAUGUGUCAGAUGAAGAUGAACCAAUUCCUCAGCUUGUUGUUGGAAAGAAGAAAUCUGGUAGCCAAGGGGAUAACAGUACAAUUGUUGUAAGUGUUGGGGAGAUGGUUCUUCUAAACUUAGCAGAAUAUGAAAAGGAGUGGCCUCAAGUUGCCCAAGUGAUCAAUUCUGAUGAGGAGACCUGCAUGAUCCAUUGGUUCAGAGGAUCCCAAACCAAACCAUGGAAGCCAUGUAGUAGAGCGAUACCAGGGAAAAAAGGAAAACGUGAAGCCUGGACACAGACAAUCAAUAUAACAGAAAUCAUAAGGAACAGUUUUUGUUUAACAAAGGGGGGUUUCUUACCUAAAAAUGUAAAAGAGUUUUGUAAAAGUCAUGAACUUCAAGCCAAGAUUUAAGAAUUAUCAAUGCUUAAUAUUAUAAUUUAAUAUGCAUAUUUAUUGGAAAAACAGUUAUUUUAAAUUUUGGAAGUUUAUCAAUAUUAUCAA